UCAGUCUAACCUAAUCAGUCUAACCUAACCUAACCUAACGCCGCACGCUUGUCUCUGUCUCUUCCUCAGGUAUUCCACGCCCUGAACCAAACAAUGUCAUUACAAGGCCAUGUGGUGAGGUUCCACGCGGGGCUCCACCUGGUGACCCUCGAUGAAAGGUCAGGCGAAGUGAUGCGUAGCCAGACCUUCCUCACCUGGCAGCCUGAGACCAGCCGCCAGGUGGCCCAGGCGCUGCGGGAUGCUGGUGAGGGAAGGCUGCUGAUCAUCGUGGGUCUGCCGGAGUUCACCAUGUACCUGGGGCGCAAGGUGACGCGGCAACUGGCCUCCCUCGGCUCAAUCUUCGCGGAGCGGCUGGCCAAGGACGAGGCGUGGUGCAUGGCGGCGUGGAAGGGCUGGGGCGUGGCAGGCGAGGGCCUCACUAUCAUCCACCACAGCCAGGGCGAAUACACCAGGCAGGCGUCGCCGAUAUCGCUGCGUCUCAUCAUCCCCCGCAGGCAACAUCCGAGAUGCACGUGGCACGCGGCGCCCGGCAUGGAGGAGCGCGCCGCCUUCUGCAGCACUUACGACGGCUACGGCGCUUUCUGCAGCUGCCAUGAGCCGCCCUGGUCGCCACGCCCCGCCUCGCCUGUGCCCUACGCGGCGCGGGAGGUGAUCCCCGUGGCGGUGGUGACGGCGCGGCGCCUGCCACGCUUGGUGCGGCUGCUGGGCCAGCUGUGGGCGAGUCCCGGGGGCCUUGACACGCCCGUGACGAUCUUUGUGGAUGGCCACAUCCCCGAGGCGCGCAGCCUGGCGGCCCUGCUCAGGGUGCCCCUCGUGGAGCACCAAAACUCUGGCACGCCAGGCACCUCGCAGCGGGUCAAUGAACACGUCAGGUUCACGCUGGAGAAAGUGUUCCACCUCCACCCGGAAGCUGACCUCGCCAUCAUCCUGGAGGACGACCUUGUGUUGGCUGCGGACUUCAUCCCGUACUUCCACCAGACAGCAGGGCUUCUCAAAUCCGACCCUUACCUCUUCUUCGUCAACGCGUUUAACUACAACUCGUACCCGCACACGGCCCAGGACCCUCGGCGGCUGUACCGGGCGCAUGGGAUCCCCGGAUACGGCUGGAUGACCACACGCAAGGCCGCCGCGGAAAUGCUGGCCGGCUGGGUACCGCUAAACCAGGUCAGUAACACGAGCAAGAUCACGAACGCGGCCAGGUAAGAUGCGGAAGUUGUCCGAAUGGGUCUGAAUGCUUUGGAUGAAGUUGCAUUCACCCACUUUACUAACGACAAAUAAACACGAGAUGGAAAAUUAGAUAUGAAUAACGUGAUUUUCUCCCCAUCCACUCCUCGUGAUAGAAAAUGGAGGACAAAGAAAACGUGUCUUUCCCCUUUCCCUCCCUCCCUACAGACGGGCGCCUCGUGGGACUGGUGGGUGCGGGCGCGGGUGA